UCUUCAAUAGAGACACUUCUCGGAGCUGUGUCAUCACAAAGCAUCAGUGAGUCGAACUCCAGUGUGGAAAUCAAAACGAGUGACGAAUAUAUUCUGAAUGGUCUCUUGACUGAUUUCUCGAGGGAAUAAUUCUGGAGGUCCCGCAAGCAAAAUUUUUAACAUUGAAGAUAUAUGUAUGUUGUGUAUGAUAAUUUAUAGUGCUUUAUGAUAACAAAACAAUGAAACAAAGAGAGAAAGAGAGAGAGAAAGAUACUAAAUCAAAAACAAGAAAAUAACACCAUAAGAACAAUAAAACAUAAUACUGAAGAGAUAUGUAAAUUCAAUGCAUGCAUUUACUAAAUACAAAGAGUUAUUGUAUUGAAGAAAGAGAGUGAAAAAAGAUAAUCUCCGGUAUUGUAUCUGUACAAAGGUAUAUUGAAACAUCAGUAAUCAAAUCUACUCCGGAUCACAAAAUUUCCAAUGAUGUUUUCAUCAGGCCUCAGCUGUAAUCUUUCAUUUCCUAGUUGUUUGGGCUAUCCACAAGAUAGUGAGGAGUUAAUUCCAAAAAUGGCACGUGAACCAAUUAUUCUUAAUGUAUAUGACAUGUAUUGGAUAAAUGAAUAUACCACACCUAUUGGCCUCGGUGUAUUUCAUUCAGGUGUAGAAAUAUAUGGAACAGAAUAUGCAUAUGGUGGUCACACUCAGCCAAGAAGUGGCAUUUUUGAAAUCACACCAAGAGUUGCUGAAGAACUGGGUGAACAAUUUAGAUAUAGGCAAUCUGUUCAUAUUGGAUAUACAGAUUUCACAGAAGAAGAUGUUCAAAGAAUUAUUGCAGAAUUGGGAAAAGAUUUCAGAGGAGACCGUUAUCACCUGAUGAAUAAAAAUUGUAAUCACUUUAGUAGUCAGUUUACACUGAUUUUGUGCGGGCAAGAGAUACCUGGUUGGGUAAAUCGUCUAGCGUAUUUCAGUUCGUGUGUACCAUUUCUUCAACGUUGUUUACCAAAAGAGUGGCUAACGCCCGACGCUCUGCAACACUCUCUAAGCCAAGUUAGUCAUCACGAAAGUACACCACCAUCGGAUACCUCGUUGUAACAUUUAGCCACUAAGCGAUCUAACACUAGGCGAGUUGAACUUUGCGAUCUACUAUACCGAGUUGAAAUACACGGUUCAGAAUAUUAUAGAAACACAGAAGAAGGAAGAAGAAAUACAAUUUAGAAAAUUAAACUUGGUGAAAAAAAUUGUUAAUAUUAAUUAGAAUUGGCUAUAUCGCCAAGAUUUGCAAAUCUGAGAAACUAAACCGUCAAGAUAAGGUACAAAUUUGAUAUUGUACACUUGAAUGCGACAAUUAGUACCGGAGAAAUUGCCGCAUUGCUGCAACUAUCUUUUAAAACGGCAAUCUACAAUGUCGCAUGUGUUCUAUUUGUUGAAUAAUACAAUCAAGAUAUAUGAUAGUUACAUACACAAAAAUAGAAAGAUAUAAUUACAUAUAAUGUCAAAUCAUAAUGAACAGGAGAGAUUUGCCGAUAAGAACAAAAUUGUUACUCAGUAAUGAAGAACGUUUAUUGAAAUGAUUUUUUUUUUUUUUUUUUUAACUCUCUUUUAAGUACUCUUUUAAGUACUCUCUCUUAUUUCUCUUAUUUCUCUUAUUUCUCUUAUUUAUACUUGAGACUGUAAACUAUCGUUUUAAAAUAUAAUGUAUGUGUGAUUGGCUUAAAUAUUUAAUUUAUAUUUGCUUUUUAUAAUUAAUUUUUUAUACAUAGUGUUAAUAUAUAAAUUUUAACGAGGAAUAUAUUAUAUGGCUGACAAUAGAAACAAAUGAUACACAGGAAAGACUUGAAGUUGAGGUAUGCAGAAAUGAGUAUACCAAAAUUAUCAAAUCCAAACAACAAAUUUUUGAUUUGGAUAAUCUAAAAACUUGUACAUUUUUUUCUAUUACACUUUACUGAUUUCCUCGAAUCUAUAAAAAUUUAUGUUAUAAUGUGUGUAGCAAUAUUUUAGUUAAAAACAAAAUAUGGUAUAUCAGGAUAUACUCUUCUUGAUACUUUUAAUCCUUACAUAUAUUGUUUCUAUGUUAUACACAUUUGUGUUGUUUGUGUGAUUGAUUAUAUUCGUAUUGAGCGAUCAUGAUCUCUGUAGCAAAAGAAAAAUAAUUGAAUUUGGUUCAUUUGUUCAUUUCACUUGUCUUCUGAUCAAUAUAAACAUAGUGAUGUCCGUUGCGCAAUGUAAUCUAUACUAUAUUUGUAACAACCAAGAGCACAGAUAACUCUAUUUGUAUAUACGUAUAAUAUAUAUAAUGCAUUUUUAAUAUAUAAAGAUGUCAGAAUAAAUCGACGUUACAUCGUU